AUGCCUCCCCAACCAGGCGAGGAGCGUCUGCUGACAGUCUUCGCCGACAUUCAUUACUACUUCACUGCACCGACUGCGAAACCGUCGGAUCACCGUUUUGAGAAGGGAUCAUACCUUUACAUCUACUACGAUCCCUCCACCAGGAAGGCGAGGAUCGAAGUGGCCAACAAUCCUGGGACUCCGGAACAGGAUGCAUUCCAUGGCUCCCUAGACAGCGUGCAUAUCCAGCACGCGAGUCAUUUCCCGACUCGAUGCUCACUUACAGUUGAGGGAGUCUCUGGGUCGGUGCAGCAGCAGACUUCGCACUAUGACUGGCGCUUGCCGGGCAUCGAGCCGCGCAACGCACCUAGUGAUCUGCCUCGGAUACAUACCGUCGACAUUUACUUCUGGACGUUGGCCGAUGCCAACGAGUUCUUGGACGUGGUCGAACGCAUUCUGCUCCCCGCUCAGCUGAUGACGGAUCGGCCAAACGCGCAGAUGGACCAGCCGAUCAGUCCAGUGGUGCAGCAGCUCGAAAACAUCGCCGUCUCAGACCCGGCUUAUCAAAACGGCCAGACACCCAACUCUCGUUCAGACCAUCCUGUCAGGGCAAGCCAGGUGACCCAGCCUCUUUCAAUGACCCCGAGUUUCCCACCUCCGCCGCCUGGCGAGCCUUCCAACGGCCAAGCGAAUCCCGGAACCACUCAGCCUCUGCACGGAGAACAACGAAACUCGGCCAACUUCGCGCCCUUGCCAUAUAACCCAGCAGCGCCAGCAGCGCCCGAACCUAUCCAGCACCGCGACAAGACACCCCCGCCCGAAGAUGGCGCCAAUGGGACAGGCCUUGCGGCCGCAAUGGCAGCUGAUCACGGCGUUUCGUAUGCACCUUCCCAUCAGACCGUCAUCAACCAGGGUAAUAACUCGUUUGCACCCCCUCCCAUAUCAGCCUCGGCAAUGCAGUAUCCGGGAUUUUCUGCAACCGGCCCUACGGGUUAUGUCUCCCCGCCGCCGAGUGUUGGCCUCACUCACUCUAAUUCGUUCUCAUCCCAGCCGUCAAUGCACACGACAGAUCCUAGGUCCGGCUUUAUACAACAACACAGCCGAGGCCAGGCGUGGCAGAAUAGCGCAGUCCAAGGAACUACAUCAUUUGCCCCUCCUCCGCAAGAACCAAACGCACAUCUGUACUCUCAGGGUAUACAGGGUGGUCCACAGUCUCCCCAUCAGCAUCCCGGACAAGCGACCCCCUUGCCCGGUUACGUGGAAUAUUCAUACGGGCAGUCAUCUGUGUCGCGCCCGGUCUCAUCUGAAUACGACAUUCAUAACCAGUUGUACCGACCCACAGAGGCUGAAGCCAGUGGGCACGGGCAGAAGUAUGCGAAAAAGGCCAUGAAAUCCCCCGAACGGCCAAGGAAACUAGAGGACAAGGCAUUUAAAGCGGAGAGUGGGGUCAAUCGCUUCUUGAAGAAGUUGGAGAGAAAAUUAUAA